UGAUACGCGGAGUGGGUGGGCACAGAAAAACGUCAAAACGGGUAAAGAGCAAUUUCAAUGCACUGAAUUUUAAUCGCGGUCUGUAUUGUUUACAUCACGCACAGCCUUAUUCAGGCACAUCUGGAAUUUUUAUUAGAUUAUUUGAUUUUUUUAGUAUUAAAGGAGAAACGUUUCUGGUUAGGAAAGUCAUUUGAAAAGUGAUAAUGCUUAGAGCCUGUUUCCUGUGGGCCCUACUUGUUGGGCUCCUAGCGCUUGGUACGCUGGCAGCAACUACUCAUAAGCAUUCCCACCACCCGUCUGGCGGCGCGAAGGAGCGAAUGGAGGAUGGAAGCUACGCACCCCGAGAUGCGCAUCACAUGGACGGAGACGAACAUCACUCCGAAUUCGACCACGAAGCAAUUCUGGGUAGUGUGAAAGAAGCGGAAGAAUUCGACUCUCUGACUCCGGAGGAAUCGAAACGACGAUUGGCACUGUUGGUUCUCAAAAUGGAUCUGAACGCGGACGGUUUCAUAGAUCGACAUGAGUUGAAAGCCUGGAUCCUGAGGUCAUUCAAGAGUCUACUCGAAGAAGAGGCUGCCGAACGAUUCGAGGACAUCGACCAGAACAGCGACGAGUUGAUUACCUGGGAAGAAUACUACGCUGAUACAUACGGAAUGGAUAACGAAGACGAAGAAGCCGAGAGGAUGGAAUUGGAUCCCGAUAAGGAGGAAGAACGCAAGUUGAUAGCCGAUGACAAAGAGAUGUUCGAAGCUGCCGAUAGCAAUAAAGACGGAAAGCUGGAUAUGAAUGAGUUUGUUCAAUUCAUGUCCCCGGAAGAAUUUCCGCAAAUGUUCGCCGUUGUCCUGAAGCAGACUCUGCGCAAUAAGGAUACGAACAAGGACGGUAAGAUUGACUUCCAGGAGUAUGCAGCGGAACAUUCCCGGGAUCACGACAAAGAGUGGCUGAUAACUGAAAAGGAUCGGUUUGACAAUGACUUCGACAAGGACGGCGAUGGGUAUUUGAAUGGCAACGAAGUUUUAUCAUGGAUUUUGCCAAGCAAUGAUGAGGUGGCUGAAGAUGAGGUAGCCCAUUUAUUCGCAUCUGCCGAUGAGGACCACGAUGAUCGACUGUCCUACGAAGAAAUCAUCAACAAGUAUGAUAUAUUUGUCGGUAGUGAAGCGACUGACUAUGGUGAUCAUCUGCACAAUAUUCAUCAUUUUGAUGAUGAGCUGUAAACUCUGCGGUCAAGUGCAACUAUCCUUUAUUUUCAAACAACCUUUGUGUUUGUCUAGUCUGUCAAGGGCCGUAACAUUCAAAAUUAUAAAAAAAUGCCAUUGUAAUCUUACGUUUAGAAUAGUUACAACACGAGAUUAUUUGAACAAACUUUGGGAUAAAGCGAAAUAUGUAUUCUCAUAACUUAAAAGGGUUUCUUUGACUAUUAAUAUUACCAAAUAAUAAUUUAUUUUUCAUUUCCUAAUAACAUUAUCCUAGUUAGGCAGAAACAAAUAUCAAUUUAAUUUGAUUGAGGGGGAAUUUAAAAUUAAAUUAGAAAAUAUUUUGCAAUGGGGUGAAGGAAGAAAAUUAUAUUUGUUUUGGCCUUUUCAACUCGUUUUGCGUAACAAACCCCCCUAAUUCAUGCAUUUAUUGUUGCAUUUCUAAAUAGAUGUCUUCUCGACGAAAAUCUUUAUUAUUUGAAGAAAGUAAUAAAUACAAAUUAAAACUAAUAUAAAA